AUGAUAACAACCGAAGAAUAUUUUUACCCAGUGCCCUUCUAUAAUUGGGAUGAAGUGUGCAUUUUCAUUUACAAGAACUACAAAAGCACGACCACUUUUUUUGAAAAGAUGAGCGACCACCUUAAGAAAUUGGAUAUAGGAGAAGAGAUGAACACUUGCACUAUGCAGGCGAUAUUAGGUGUGUCGGAUGACUUCAUAAAUAUUGUCAAUACUGUAGACGAUAGACUUGUUCUUUGCCCCGUAGCCGUAAAGUCAAGACGAGCACUGUCGAUUCGAAAACAAACAAUACCGUGUCUGCUUUUUUAUGGUUUAUGGGCUGUUUGCAUUUGCACCUUUUCUAUUCCUAUAUUGGUUCUUUGGGAUAAUGCUUGGGCAGGCGAUUACUGUCAAAAUUUAAUUGUGGCUGGAUUUGUAUAUUUCAGAUUUGGAUCUCUAUAUGACACUUACAGCAAUGCAAGACAAAAAAAUAUGCGCGAACUCUUAAGUCACUGCGUCAAGUCUACAUCGGAUUUAAGAAAGAAUGUGGAUGACCAAAUUAUAGUAUUACGUAAAAUGAAAUAUUCCAAUAAUAAAACCAGCAGACAAUCGACUAUAAGGUUGGAGUAUGCCUUUAAUCAACUUUAUUCCAUGGCUUACUCUAGCCAAAUGGCAGCAAGGGACUUAAUUUUAGCAACAAAUUACGACAAUGUUCUAACAGCUUAA